AUGAAGCCGGCUCUGACACGUGGCUUUGUGCGCACGCAGACGCCGGGACGCCGUGUGCUGGUCCACACGCUCAAAGCCGAGGCCAAGAGCUCCUCUCUCGUGUCUCCUCACUCCUGUCUCCUGUCUCCUCUCUCCUCUCUCUCUCUCCUCUCUCUGUCUCUUGUCUCCUCUCUCGUGUCUCCUCACUCCUGUCUCCUCUCUCCUCUCUCCUGUCUCCUCUCUCCUGUCUCCUCUCUCCUCUCUCCUCUCUCCUGUCUCUUGUCUCCUCUCUCGUGUCUCCUCUCACUCCUGUCUCCUCUCUCGUGUCUCCUCUCUCCUGUCUCCUGUCUCCUCUCUCGUGUCUCCUCUCUCCUGUCUCCUCUCUCGUGUCUCCUCUCUCCUGUCUCCUGUCUCCUCACUCCUCACUCCUGUCUCCUCACUCCUGUCUCCUCACUCCUGUCUCCUGUCUCCUCACUCCUGUCUCCUCACUCCUGUCUCCUGUCUCCUCUCUCGUGUCUCCUGUCUCCUGUCUCCUCUCUCGUGUCUCCUCUCUCCUGUCUCCUCUCUCGUGUCUCCUCACUCCUGUCUCCUGUCUCCUCUCUCGUGUCUCCUCUCUCCUGUCUCCUCUCUCGUGUCUCCUCACUCCUGUCUCCUGUCUCCUCUCUCCUGUCUCCUCUCUCGUGUCUCCUCACUCCUGUCUCCUGUCUCCUCUCUCCUGUCUCUUGUCUCCUCUCUCGUGUCUCCUCUCUCCUGUCUCCUCUCUCGUGUCUCCUCACUCCUGUCUCCUGUCUCCUCUCUCCUGUCUCUUGUCUCCUCUCUUGUGUCUCCUCUCUCCUGUCUCCUCACUCCUGUCUCCUCUCUCCUGUCUCCUCUCUCGUGUCUCCUCACUCCUGUCUCCUGUCUCCUCUCUCCUGUCUCUUGUCUCCUCUCUCGUGUCUCCUCUCUCCUGUCUCCUCACUCCUGUCUCCUCUCUCCUGUCUCCUGUCUCCUCUCUCGUGUCUCCUCACUCCUGUCUCCUGUCUCCUCUCUCCUCUCUCCUCUCUCCUGUCUCUUGUCUCCUCUCUCGUGUCUCCUCACUCCUGUCUCCUGUCUCCUCUCUCCUCUCUCCUGUCUCCUCUCUCCUGUCUCCUCUCUCCUCUCUCCUGUCUCUUGUCUCCUCUCUCGUGUCUCCUCACUCCUGUCUCCUCACUCCUGUCUCCUCUCUCCUGUCUCCUGUCUCCUCUCUCGUGUCUCCUCUCUCCUGUCUCCUCUCUCGUGUCGCCUCUCUCCUGUCUCCUGUCUCCUCACUCCUCACUCCUCACUCCUGUCUCCUCACUCCUGUCUCCUCACUCCUGUCUCCUGUCUCCUCACUCCUGUCUCCUCACUCCUGUCUCCUCACUCCUGUCUCCUGUCUCCUCUCUCGUGUCUCCUCUCUCCUCUCUCCUGUAUCCUCUCUCGUGUCUCCUCUCUCCUGUCUCCUCUCUCGUGUCUCCUCUCUCCUGUCUCCUGUCUCCUCUCUCGUGUCUCCUCUCUCCUGUCUCCUCUCUCGUGUCUCCUCACUCCUGUCUCCUGUCUCCUCUCUCCUCUCUCCUGUCUCUUGUCUCCUCUCUCGUGUCUCCUCUCUCCUGUCUCCUCUCUCGUGUCUCCUCACUCCUGUCUCCUGUCUCCUCUCUCCUGUCUCCUCUCUCCUGUCUCCUCUCUCCUGUCUCCUCUCUCCUGUCUCCUCUCUCCUCUCUCCUCUCUCCUGUCUCUUGUCUCCUCUCUCGUGUCUCCUCACUCCUGUCUCCUCUCUCCUGUCUCCUGUCUCCUCUCUCGUGUCUCCUCUCUCCUGUCUCCUCUCUCGUGUCGCCUCUCUCCUCUCUCCUGUCUCCUGUCUCCUCUCUCCUGUCUCCUCUCUCCUGUCUCCUCACUCCUCACUCCUCACUCCUGUCUCCUCACUCCUGUCUCCUCACUCCUGUCUCCUGUCUCCUCACUCCUGUCUCCUCACUCCUGUCUCCUCACUCCUGUCUCCUGUCUCCUCACUCCUGUCUCCUCACUCCUGUCUCCUGUCUCCUCACUCCUGUCUCCUCUCUCCUGUCUCCUCUCUCGUGUCGCCUCUCUCCUCUCUCCUGUCUCCUCACUCCUCACUCCUCUCUCGUGUCUCCUCUCUCCUGUCUCCUCUCUCGUGUCUCCUCUCUCCUCUCUCCUCUCUCGUGUCUCCUCACUCCUGUCUCCUCACUCCUGUCUCCUGUCUCCUCUCUCCUGUCUCUUGUCUCCUGUCUCGUGUCUCCUCUCUCCUGUCUCCUCACUCCUCACUCCUCUCUCGUGUCUCCUCACUCCUGUCUCCUGUCUCCUCACUCCUGUCUCCUGUCUCCUCACUCCUGUCUCCUCUCUCCUGUCUCCUCUCUCGUGUCGCCUCUCUCCUCUCUCCUGUCUCCUCACUCCUCACUCCUCUCUCGUGUCUCCUCUCUCCUGUCUCCUGUCUCCUCUCUCGUGUCUCCUCUCUCCUCUCUCCUAUCUCCUCUCUCGUGUCUCCUCUCUCCUCUCUCCUGUCUCCUCUCUCCUCUCUCCUGUCUCCUCUCUCCUCUCUCCUGUCUCCUCUCUCCUCUCUCCUGUCUCCUCACUCCUGUCUCUGAGGGCGAGAAGUCACGGCGCUGGAAUCAUAAAUGGAUCCAAAGAACGCCACACGAGCCGCCGUGUCAUCAUCCCCUCGCCAUCAGCUCCUCGCCAUCAGCAGAGCGGCCGCAGCCCGAGGGCUGCACUGUAAACAACGCUCUGUGGCGCAUGCUAACGAGGGCGCCACCCAACGCCGUCGCGCAUGCUAACGAGGGCGCCACGGCACGCAGAGUUAGCAUUCCACACAGAGACAGGCACCUGCAGCCGCAUACAGAGCACCCACCACCCACUGAGGGAAUCCUCCACAGGAGCCAGAGCAGUCAACACGACGGCGUGGCGUGUGGAAGCGUGGCGUGUGGAAGCGUGGCGUGUGGAAGCGUGGCGUGUGGAAGCGUGGCGUGUGGAAGCGUGGCGUGUGGAAGCGUGGCGUGUGGAAGCGUGGCGUGUGGAAGCGUGGCGUGUGGAAGCGUGGCGUGUGGAAGCGUGGCGUGUGGAAGCGUGGCGUGUGGAAGACCAGCGUAG